AUGUCAAGAGGAUUAACUAUCAGCCAAAAAGGUGAAAAAACAGUACAUAUUAAAUGUACUGGUAAUGAAAAAAAUAGAUUUACUGUGGUUUUAACCUGUGCAGGAGAUGGAUCAAAAUUGAAGCCAAUAUGUAUUUUUAAAGGAAAAAAAUUACCACAAGGUCAAACAAUUCCUGAUGGAGUUGUAGUUUGGUUUCAAGAGAAAGUCAAAAGUGUUGAUGGUAAACCUAAAGAAUACGUUUCACCAGAAUAUUAUGUUAAUUAUUUAGAAAUAUUUAGAGGACAACAUCAUGCGAUGUUAAAAGAUUUAAUUUAUAGGGCAAAUAGAGCAGUAAGAAAUAAUUCUGUUUAUUCGGUGACUUUAAAACCACAACUAGCACCAUCAAAAAAUCCACAUGAUUAUUUAUCAUUAGCAAGAUAUUUUUGGCCUAAUCCAGAAACAGAAAAUGGCUUUCCUUAUGUGAAAAAAGAUGGAUUUGCAAAUCCAGAAAUCUUUCUUGUUAAAGACUAUCAAUACUUGAGAACUUUGUUUCAUGAUAUUCAAUAUCUGGGAUUUGCUUAUUUUUUCACAAAGAAUGAAACUUAUGUCGAAAAAACUCUGUAUAGAUUGGAUGAAUGGUUUUUAAACGAUACAACUAGAAUGAAUCCUAAUAUAAAUUAUGGUAGUUUAAUUAAGGGCUCUCGAUUAGGAAGAAGAACUGGUGUAUUAGAUUUUCAUCCUGUUUAUAGAAUGAUACAGUCGAUAUAUUUAAUGAGAUCAUCAAGAAUUUGGAAUUUUGAAAUUGAGAAUGGUGCAACUUACAUUCUACAAUAUCUGGGUAGAAUAGAUGAAGCUAGAAUUUAUUCAAAACAAGCAUUAAUAAAUCGUAUCGAGACUGCUAUAUUACCAUCAGGUCAACAACCUUACGAAACAAAAAGACCGACCAGUUGGUUUUACUCUAUAUUUAAUCUAAAUGCUUUAUUCUUAUUGGCCGAAAGAGCGAACUAUUUCGGAUUUGAUGGAUGGCGGUAUAAAAGCAAGAAAGGUCAAAGUAUCAAGAAAGCCGUCGAUUAUUUAUUGCAUUUUGCUUUGAAUGAUGGUCAUGAUUGGCCGUUUAGAAAUAUUGGAGAGUUCAAGUAUAAUGAUUUUGUUAAAAUAUUGGAAUUAAGUUAUAUAAUUUAUGGAGAUAAAAAAUAUCUAGAUGCUUUAAUAUUAUUAAGACCUAAAGCUAAAUUGGAACAAGCUUUACGUAAUAAUGGUGCAACUUGGGAAGAUAAUUAUUUAUGUAAUUGGAGUCUUAUGACAAAUAGUCAAUUAUGGACCUGUUUAGAAUAA